AGGUGCGUUAUUUUCUUUCAGUUAUCACUUUUUGCAGUUCCAAUUUUAUGCUCAAAUUUUAGAAUGCAAUUUCGUUGCAUAGUAGCUGCUUGAAAAAAUGCCACUAAGAGCUUGUAGGAAGUGUGACUUUAGCAUUCUAUAGCAGAGUUAGUGACAUGGCUCGUUCGCAUUAAUCUUUCACACACUAACAUUUGAAACACUCAUUUGUGACCACUUCAUUGCCCUUUUAAGGUUCUCUAAUAUAACUAGAGUUUUACAUAUUUUGCUUUUCAAAUAUAUCAUCUCUAUGACCAUUCAUAGCGUAUUUCGACGUAUGUAUAGUUAUGUAAAACCUAGUCUACAACCUGCAAUUUUCUCCAAUCUCAGUAAAGAGCUACCAACCAAUAGUUACAUAAUCUUCCUGUGUAAGCAACAUCAUUACAAGGAAGCGCUUGAAGCGUUUGAUUUUCAUCUAAAGAAUUCGAAUAGCCAUUUUGAACCAAGCACCUAUACAAGUCUAGUUUUGGCUUGCGCCAACUUUAGAUCUCUUGAUUACGCGAAGAAAAUUCAUGAUCACGUUUUAAAGUCCAACUACCAACCAAGCAUAAUUCUCCAAAAUCAUAUGAUUAAUAUGUAUGGAAAAUGUGGUUCUAUGAAGGAUGCUAGAAAAGUUUUUGACACAAUGCAGCUGCCAAAUGUGGUCUCUUGGACUUCGAUGAUCUCCGGAUACUCACAGAACGGUCAAGCGAAUGAUGCCAUCAUCAUGUAUAUUCAAAUGACGCGGUCGGGUCAGUUUCCGGACCAAUUAACCUUUGGAAGCGUAAUUAAGGCUUGCUACAUUGCAGGCGAUAUAGAUUUAGGCAGGCAACUGCAUGCCCAUGUCAUUAAAUCAUGGUUUGGUCAUCACUUGACUUCCCAAAAUGCUCUUAUUUCAAUGUAUACAAAUUUCGGACAAAUUGAACAUGCCUCCAAUGUAUUUACAAGGAUUCCUACAAAGGAUUUAAUUUCUUGGGGUACCAUGAUUACGGGGUAUAUUCAACUUGGUUAUAGGGUAGAAGCUUUAUAUCUUUUCAGAGAUUUGCUCAGGCAAGGCACUUAUCAGCCAAAUGAGUUUAUAUUUGGCAGUGUUUUCAGUGCUUGCAGCAGUCUUCUUGAAUUAGAGUAUGGAAAGCAAGUACAUGGAAUGUGUGUUAAAUUCGGUUUACGCAGGAACGUUUUUGCUGGAUGCUCUCUCUGUGACAUGUAUGCGAAAUUCGGAUUCUUACCUUCGGCAAAGAUGGCAUUCUGUCAGAUUAAAAACCCUGAUAUAGUGUCCUGGAAUGCAAUUAUUGCAGCAUUUGCUGACAAUGGUGAUGCAAAUGAAGCUAUAGAUUUUUUCCGUCAGAUGAUUCAUAUUGGGUUGACCCCAGACAGCAUUACUUAUAUUUCUUUACUUUGCACAUGUGGGAGCCCUGUGAGACUCAACCAAGGCAGGCAGAUUCAUUCUUACAUUGUGAAAAUAGGUUUUGAUAAGGAAAUAACCGUAUGCAACUCAUUGCUAACCAUGUACACGAAGUGCUCACAUCUACACGAUGCAUUGAAUGUUUUCAGGGAUAUAAGUCGAAAUGCCAACUUAGUUUCUUGGAAUGCUAUUCUUUCAGCAUGCUUGCAGAAAAAGCAAGAAGGAGAGACUUUCAGAUUAUAUAAGGAAAUGCAUUUUUCUGGAAAUAAACCUGACAGUAUCACCAUAACUACUUUAUUAGGAACUUGUGCUGAACUGACAUCUUUAGGAGUGGGGAAUCAAGUCCAUUGCUAUAGUAUUAAAAGUGGGCUAAUACUUGAUGUUUCUGUGUGCAAUGGAUUGAUCGACAUGUAUGCGAAAUGUGGAUCACUUAAACACGCCCGGGAUGUUUUUGAUUCAACACAGAACCUGGAUAUAGUCUCAUGGAGUAGUUUAAUUGUUGGUUAUGCUCAGUGUGGACUUGGACAUGAAGCUCUUAAUCUCUUCAGAAUUAUGACGAAUCUAGGCGUUCAGCCUAACGAGGUCACAUAUCUUGGCGCUCUCAGCGCGUGCAGUCACAUUGGAUUGGUGGAGGAAGGUUGGCGCUUAUAUAAAUCCAUGGAAACAGAACACGGGAUUCCACCAACAAGAGAGCACUUCUCUUGCAUAGUCGAUUUGCUUGCUCGCGCUGGAUGCUUGCAUGAAGCAGAAACUUUUAUUCAGAAAUCAGGACUUGACGCUGACAUUACUGCAUGGAAAACUCUACUUGCUGCUUGUAAAACUCAUAAUAAUGUUGACAUUGCAGAGCGAGGCGCAGGAAAUAUACUAAAGCUUGACCCUUCCAAUUCUGCUGCAAUGGUGAUGCUUUGUAACAUACAUGCUUCUGCUGGCAAUUGGGAAGAAGUUGCCAAACUAAGGAAGUUAAUGAAACAAAUGGGUGUACAAAAGGUUCCUGGUCAAAGCUGGAUAGAAGUUAAGGAUAAGUUCCAUAUAUUCUUCUCAGAAGAUAGUUCACAUCCACAAAGGAACCUCAUAUAUACAAUGCUUGAAGAGUUAUGGUCGCAGGUGUUGGAUGAUGGUUAUGAUCCUUGCCAGAGGUUAGACGUUAGCAUUUGGUAGGAAAAUAUUUGGAAAUUUGUAGUUGAGCUACACUUUUGUGUAACAAAAAGGUUGAUCCAGGAUCCAGUUAAUCUAAGGAUUAUCCGCUGUUUGUUUUUCUUCUGAGUUAUAUUCUGUUAAUUCCAUCUGUCCCCUAUUUUACAGUUGUUAUAUUCAAAAUAUGUAUUUGAAAAAGAAAAACUAUAUUGAAUAUGAUCCCAAGAUAGUUUUGAUGCUGCACUA